AGUGCCAAUCUAACCUUUUGAAAUGAUUGAGAUUUAGGGUUCUUGGGAAGAGAGAAUGUGGGCGGGAUCGAAUUGCGAUGUCGCGCUGUGCCAGGGCGCAAAUUUCUUGAGCUCCAAGACACCCCGCAGCAGCGGCAGCGGUAGCGGCGGCUCUGGUGCGGUCUCCAAGAGCGUGCGCCGGCUGAUUCUCUUGCGGCACGCUCACAGCUCUUGGGCCAAUCGAUCGCUCAAAGAUCACGAGAGGCCUCUCAGCGGCCGUGGGCGGCAGCAAGCAGCCAGCAUCGCGGCCAAGCUCCGGGAAUUAGGCUGGCUUCCCGAGCUCGUUCUGUGCAGUGACUCAACGAGGACUCGAGAGACUCUGGAGAUUAUCAAGAGACACACUGUUGAGUUGCUCCAGGUCGAGACCCAUUUUCUAACGACUUACUAUUCAGUUGCAGCCAUGGACGGCCACACUGCGCAGCAUAUAAGAGAAACCAUUUGCAAAUUCGCCAAGGAUGACAUAGCCACAAUCCUGUGUAUGGGACAUAACAGGGGAUGGGAAGAAGCGGCCAGUAUCCUCUGUGGCCGACCGCUGGAGCUCAAGACCUCCAAUGCGGCUCUCCUCGAAGCACACGGUUGUUCGUGGCAAGAGACUUUUGCUAGCGCCGGCGCUGGCGGAUGGAAGCUCAGAGAGAUUUUGCAGCCAGCAGCGGUCUCGGAGUCAAGUAAGCUUGACAUAGAUUUAUUGACAUGAGAGAAAGAUCCCGGAGAGCGAGAGAGAGAUAGACGAUUGUAAAUUCGUCACCGAUAGGAAAAAAUCGGAGACUACCUACUCAUUUGAGCUGUUACCAUGAAAAUCUAAGCGAAGAACUACAGGUU